GAGGAAGUUGUACCAAUCCAGUUCGAAGCUGCAGCUACAACUUACAUUCAUAUACCAUCAAAUACUCUGGAGGCGAUAUCGAGACACGUUGCUGGACAUUUCAAGUCAUUAGCUUUAUUGUCUAUCCGGUACCUUGAAGAUGACACCCUAUCUACAGGAUCCAGAGACUCUGAAAAUGCCACCUUUGACAGCCUCGACAACGAAUUCGACCGCCAAAGCAGGACUACCGACAAUUCAAUAGGUUUCCAAGCAAGGAAUGAAAAUCCACGUCAUGCAAACCCGAUACUGAAAACCUUGAGGGAUUCCAUCAUGGAGGCGUUCGUUGAAAGUGCCAUCGACCACCAGGAUUUCCUUCCGCAGGGUUCCUUUCAGAGUCUGGUCACACCAGAAAGGGUUAAAGAUGUAUUUGAUUUCUCGGCAGGAAAGAAUGGUAUAUCACCCAAGCUGGUCAAUUUUGUGGUUCAAAAAGCGAGAAGGCUUUUUGCGAUUCUCGCAAUGACUGGCACGGAAAUUCUUCCUGCUUUGGAGUCAUUGCGACAAUACAACUUUACAGAUGAAGACCUCCCAAUUUCUCGUGACACCAUAAAUGAUAAUUGCGAUAUUACCAACACUGAUAGGAAGUGCAGUCACUUGCCUCCCUUUAGCGUCUUUCACAAACCGCCUUGGGAUAGGCUUACCCUGCUGAGGUUCUACAAUGAGCAAUGGAAGUUCCUAGCUCCGGUAUUCCCGAACGAUUGCCGCAACCAACAACUCUCUAUCAAGUGCAUUCUACCGUUCAUCAAGGCACCUCUAGGCGGUGAACGCAAGUCUAGCUUCUUUAGCGAUGUAUACCAAGUCAAGAUCCACCCCAGUCAUCAGGAUGUUCAUUUUCCGACGGGUACGAACAAUACACUUAUGGCCCUCAAAGAGUUCCGUCCUGCUUCGGAGAUGCCAGGCGACUCCAAGACCUUCAGUCUGUUUCAUAGAGAGGCGGAGAUACUUGGAAAUUUGGCUCGGUUUCAGAACAAUAAUCUCGUUCCCUUUGGUGGAUCCUUUUCGCGAGGUGACCGACACUAUGUCUUAUUUCCAUGGGCGGACGGAGGCAACUUGAGAGAGUUCUGGCUCGACCAUGACAGCCGGCCUCUGACCCGGGAAUUGAUGUCCGAGGUUCUCCAGCAGCUGACCGGCCUGGUGGAUGCCCUUUGCCUGAUACAUGAACAGAACUGUCGGCACGGCGACCUGAAGCCAGAAAAUAUUCUCAGGUUCAUUGACAAAGACACUAGACUUGGAGUUCUGAAGAUAUCCGACUUGGGGGUGGCCAAGCACCAUCGGGAACUAACCACUCUCAGAUCAGAGCCGACGCAGACUCGAAUUGGGACCGUGGCAUACGAAGCCCCCGAGGCUGUGUUAUCUCUCGACAAGGCCAGAUCGAGACUUUACGACGUUUGGUCUAUGGGCUGUAUUUUCCUCGAGUUUAGUAUUUGGCUAUUGGACGGCCGAGAUGGAUUGAGGGAUUUUACCCGAGACAUGAUGGGGCAGGGCGCCUAUUAUCACAUCCAGCCGAGAGAUCAGGGUGGCUUGCAAGCAGAAGUGCAUGCUGCUGUUCAACGGCGCUUAGAGGGUUUUAUGCAACAUGAAGCCUGGACAGAAGGCACAUCACUUGGAGACCUGGUCAGAGUGGUGGCGAAUCGAAUGCUGGUGGUCGCACUGCCCCAGGCGGCCAGCUUGAACAAGCGAUCAGCAUCGCCGGUGCCUUGGGUAUCGGCAGAUGGAUCUAUUGGGGAUCACGGAGUGGCGUUAACAAUAUCCCCGGAAGCCAGCUUCAUCGAUGACUCUGCCCCGUCGAUCUCUAACUCUGCUCCAGAUGUUCAUAUCAACACUCGUGCUGACGCCUGCACAUUAAAAACGUGCUUGAAGCAGAUUUGCAAUAGGGCACAGGAGGAUAGUGAGUACUUAUUACCGUUGCAUGUUAUAUGAUGUCGAACACGAUAACAAAGUAAAUAUGGAUAGCGAAAAUGUUCAUUAUCUGUAAUACAAGCUGUACAAAUAUU